UUAAAAUAUUAUUAUAAUUAAAAAUUAUAAGUAAAAUAUAUUAAGAAACUAUUCUUUUGAUUAUUUAUUAUUUAUUUAUUUUUUUACCACGUCUUCAAAUUCGAUAGAAAAGACUGGAACCAUGAAAGGUGGACUUUGUUUCUAGGGAUUUGUAAAAUACUGACGGACGACAUCUGCACUGCUGGAUUUUCUUCAAACGUGUGAUUUUUAUUUUUUAAAACAAUAGCGCUAUUUUUAUGUUAUUUAUCAUCAGUGUCCGAAUUGACGAAUUAUUUUAUUUGUUUUAUUUGUUAAAACUAUUUUAUAAUUUCCUCUCAUGAGGAAAUUUGUCACGUGGUUUGUGUUUAGCCUUCAACCAAAAUAAUGAGAAAGCAGCAUUUUCUAGAAUAUUUGGUAUGAAUGUGUAAAAAUAAAUAAAUAAAAGCUCCAAAAUGGAUAAUAAGUGGAAAUAAUUUGGACUUGAGCUGUGACAUUACUUUAAUCUAAAGUAAAUGUUUAAAAUGGAGCCAGAGACUAAAAAGAGAAGAGGCAUGGAGUAUGAUCCAGACUCUUGGCAUGUCCUUCCUGUCCUGUCAGAUGAAAUGUCUGAGGAUGUUAAAUUACUGGAUGCUUACGCCGCCCCGAUCACUGAUAAACGCCAAACCUCGCGUCUGGUGAAAGACCUGUCUGUGGUCCACCCUUUAGCAGAUCUCCAGCAUAUUAAAAGAGUGAGAGCUUGCAAGGACAAAAGCAGUCCUCAUCCGUUAGAAGUGAUCGUGUGUCUCGUUAGUGAUGUCUCCAUCACCACCUUCACGACUCAGCCUCAGUGUCCAGCCCUGACGGAUCUCCUGAGCUCGAAAGACUUCAACUUCGAGGGCUUGGGAGAACCAUUCCUGGUCCGAAUCCCGGCCCGAGCUCCUUUAACCAGGCCGCAGUUUGAGCGAGCGAGCCGUCACUGGCCCACGUCCUUCCACGAGGACAAACAAGUCACGCUCGGUUUGAAGGGACAGCUCUUCACGUCCAGCCAGAAAGCGAAAAUCCAGGAAUACAUGACGAUUGCCGUGGAGGCUGCGAGAUCCGGAUGCGAGGAAGGAAUGGACGCAGUGGGCGCUGUGAUCGUCGACCCGAAAUCAGGACAGGUUAUGGCUGUAGGUCACGACCUGACCCGAGAUCAUCCUCUUCACCAUGCUGUGAUGGUGUGUAUCGACCUCGUGGCCUGGGGACAAGGAGGAGGUGUGUAUCGAUACGAGAAACACCCAGCGUGCAGAUACGCCGCCUCGGACCCACAGCUCUCCGCAGGUCAGUGUGAAGCCUCGGCGUCUGAGGACGGCGUCCAGCCGUACAUCUGCACCGGCUACGAGCUGUACGUCACCAGAGAGCCGUGUGUGAUGUGCACCAUGGCUCUCGUCCACUCCAGGAUCAGCCGAGUCUUCUACGGAGCGGCUUCUCCAGACGGCGCUUUGGGCACCAAGUACAAAAUUCACUGCCAGAAAGAGCUGAAUCACCAUUUUGACGUUUAUAAAGGAGUCAUGCGACAGGCCUGCGAGGAACUGACUCCGUUAAAGUGACUCACUUCUUAAUGCUGGUUUUAAUGUGUGGAUUUUCCUAGUGAGCCUUUUCUUAAUUUUAUUUUAAAUUUUAUUUGGUUGUUAAUUAAAGAUAUUUUCAUAUGA